CUCCGGUCAGAGGUUACCAGACAUGCGCAGUACCUUUCUAAGAGCCAACAUGGCGCUCCGUCCAAGUCGGAAGAACUUCGGACCCAAAUAAGAAGCUCUUAAAGAGAUCUCCCGCACUGCAAGUCCGGUUUGGCAAUUCCCGGAGAAAGUCAGGGUCAAGUGGCACCCAGGAAAGUGAAAUCCAGCCAGAAUGGCAGACAAGACAGUUCUUGUAGAGAACAAGGAUGUGGCCUCCUACUUCACUACUAAACACUCAUGGAGGGGCAAGUACAAACGAAUCUUCUCUGUGGGCACAAAAGGCAUCACCACAUACAACCCACAGACUCUGGAGGUCACCAACCAGUGGGCGUACUCGGACUUUGUGAGCAUCCUGCCCAGCCCCAAGGCAGCGAGCGAGUUCAUCAUCACCAUGAAGAAACAGAACAAGAAGAACGACAGCAUGCGCUUCUCCACGGAUUACAGGGCAGACCUUAUCACCGAGGCACUGAGAUUUAGAAAGCAGUUUGCAGACUCAAAAGCUCAGAGUGAAAAGAGGUUCAAUGCCUACAAACACCACUGGAGUGAUAACAGGGUACAGAUACUUCUGGAGGUCACCGCUGGGUCAUUGAACCAGGUUGACCCUGCCACCAACAAGGUCCUGUGUUCAUAUGACUAUAAGGACAUGGAAGGGGUAAUUGAGGUGUCCGACUAUCCGGGUGGAUUCUGUCUGAUUUAUGGUGGGUUCAGCAGAUUGCACCUUUUUGCAUCUGAUAAGAAAGACGACAUCAUCAAAGCGGUGAUGGAACACGCGGGAACGUACGUCGGGCUCACGAUUAAACGGAGGAAAGACCCCAUCGUCCAGGACCAGUUCACCUCGCACCGACUGGGCAAGUACAGCGGAGAUGAACACAUCACCUCGCUGGCCGAGUUUGUGGUCCAGAAACAUUCACAACGACACAGCGACCCAGUGAAGAGAAUCUUCUGCCUGACAGAGACGUGUAUAGUGGAGAGAGACCCAGCCUCUUACAGCAUCAUCACUCUCAGGCCAUUAUGUGAUGUGUUUGCAAUAGUGAGAAGCCAGGUGAACCCACAGGUCUUCACUGUGGAGUAUGUGAAGGGAGCCACACGGCAGUACAGCUCAACGGACAGAGACACGUUGAUAGCCAGUAUGCUGGAUGGUGUACGUGCGUCGGGUAAUCGGGACGUCUGUGUGAAGAUGACCCCUACUGACCGGGGUCAGAGGUUAGGACCCCUGUUCACCCCUGUGGAUGAGGAGGUGGAGAGUUUACAUCUCAAGUUCCUGCAGCAGCCGCCAAAUGCCAAGUUCUCAGAAGCUGUGUACAGAUUCAACAACAAUGUUUCCUACAGCGGGCUGCUGCACGCAGUCACUGCAGAUGGUUUCUUUGCAGAGAACAAGGAAAAGUUGAUCCACAUCGCCAUCACUGUUCUACUGGAAAGGGAAGGAGACCAGACCACCCUCCCAGCAGAGGAUCUGGAGAGCCAGUUCCAUGCCCUGCGUCGUCUGGUCGCAUCUAAGGCUGGCUUCUGUGCCUUCACUACAUUACCAAAGUUCCGUGAGAAGGUAGGCCUGAAGGUGGUGAAGGCUCUAAAACGGAACGACACCGGAGUCAUCCAUGCUGCCAUCGAUAUGAUGGGGGCGCUCAUGCAGCCCAUGCACGAUGACUAUGACUUGAGACAGGAACAGCUGAACAAAGCCUCCAUCCUGUCCUCCAAGAAGUUCCUACAGAGUCUACUGGAUGUGUUUGCUGCCCAUGUGCCAAGAGGGACUGGUGCCCUGGUCAUAUCCGCCAUGUUGGACUUCCUGACCUUUGCCCUCUGCGCGCCGUACAGCGAGACGACGGACGGGACGUACUUCGACAGUUUGUUACAGAUGGUCGCAGACAUGGGGAGAUCCAUAUUCAAGCUCUUUCAGCACCCCUCCAUGGCCAUAGUAAAAGGUGCAGGUCUGGUGAUGAAGGCCAUUAUUGAGGAGGGGGACCAGGAGAUUGCUGCUAAGAUGCAGGACCUGGCCCUGGCAGAGGGGGCACUGCUGAAACACUUGCACAUCGCCAUGUUUACGGCCAGCAAGGACAACAGGAUGGUGGCACUCAGACAGCUGAGUAGACACCUGGUGGGAUUGUGGGUAACAGGAGCUCCCACAGCUAUGGGUCUGCUGAAGAGAAUCGUGCCCACGGGGUUGCUAGGUUACCUAGACUCGGAGGACCAGGUCCCACAGAAGGAGGUGGACCUGAUGCAUGUGAGAGACAACGUGAAGAUCGCCCAGGACCAAUCACAGCGCAGGAAACCUCAGUGGAAACAGGUGGAGGAACUCUUGCUGCACUGGAGAGCCAGGAUAGGCCUCAACCAGAAGGAGCUUUCGUUCUCCACACAGGACCCUCGGGAUGCGGCCAACCAGAAGCCUAUCGUGUUACGGAAACGGAGACAACGAAUCAAGAGCGAGGCCAACUGGCUGCUGUUCUACUACCAAUUCAACAGAGACCAUGCAAGAUCCAACCUAUUGUGGAACUACAAGACCAGAGAAGAGUUGAGAGAUAACCUAGAAGCUGAGAUCCGAGCCUUCAAUGUUGACAAGGAGCUGGGCUCAACACACACCAUAUCAUGGAACCAUUCAGAGUUUGAGGUGAGAUAUGAAUGUCUGAAUGAAGAGAUCAAGAUUGGGGAGUACUACCUUCGGCUACUUCUGGAGGAAGAUGACAAUGAAGACAACUCACAAAUCAAGAGAUCGUAUGAGUUCUUCAAUGACCUGUACCACCGGUUCCUUCUGACACCCAAGGUGCAGAUGAAGUGUAUGUGUCUCCAGGCCAUGACUAUUGUGUACGGGCGCUGCUAUGAGGAGAUCGGCACUUUUAACGACACCAAGUACAUGGUGGGCAUGCUGGAAAGGUGCACAGAUCGGCAGGAGAGAGAUCGCCUGGUGCUGUUUCUCAACAAACUUAUCCUCAACAAGAGAAAUGUAAAAGAACUGAUGGACGCCAACGGAGUGAAGAUCCUGGUAGACCUGCUGACCCUGGCACACCUGCACACGUCCCGCGCCGUGGUGCCCACACAGACCAACGUGAUCGAGGCCUCGCCUGACAUGAUGCGCGAGAGCGAGAAGGAGUGGUACUAUGGUAACGCUGACAAGGAGAGGCUGGGGCCGUACAGCAUUAAUGAGAUGAAGGAUUUCUGGGAGGAGGGCGUGAUCACAGCGAAGACUCGGUGCUGGGCGCAGGGUAUGGACGGGUGGCGGCCGCUGCACAACAUUCCUCAGCUCAAGUGGUGUCUACUGGCCACCAGUCAGGCCGUCAUGAACGAGUCCGAACUAGCAACGCUCAUCCUCAAUAUGCUCAUCAGGAUAUGUGAAUACUAUCCUAGCAGGGACCCAGAUGGAGCUAUCAUCCGACCCCUCCCUCGAGCCAAGAGACUGGUAGCAGAGACAACAUGUCUGCCACAUAUUGUACAGCUGCUGCUGACCUUUGACCCCGUGCUUGUGGAGAAGGUUGCCACGGUGAUGUGGCACAUCAUGCAGGACAACCCCCAGCUGCCACGCCUGUACCUGAGCGGGGUGUUCUUCUUUAUCAUGAUGUACACGGGGUCCAACAUUGUACCUGUGGCCAGGUUCCUGAAGUACACGCACACCCAGCAGGCGUUCCGAGCGGAAGACGCCAAGUCUAGUGACAUCAUGCAGCGGAGCAUCCUGGGACAGAUCCUGCCCGAGGCCAUGGUCCACUACCUGGAGAACUACGGCGCCGAGAAGUUCAGCGAAAUCUUCCUGGGAGAGUUCGACACUCCGGAGGCCAUCUGGAGCAGUGAGAUGAGACGCAUGAUGAUAGAGAAGAUAGCAGCACACAUCGCAGACUUCUCUCCACGCCUGCAGUCCAACACCCGCGCCCUGUACCAGUACUGCCCCAUCCCCCACAUCUCAUACCCCCCGCUCGAGAAUGAACUCUUCUGCAACAUCUACUACCUGCGCAACCUGUGCAACACCACCAAGUUCCCCGACUGGCCAAUCAAGGAGCCUGUGAAACUCCUUAAAGACAUCCUUGAAGCCUGGAAGUCUGAGGUGGAGAAGAAACCCCCGUCCAUGUCUGUGGAGGAGGCUUAUGAUGUGCUGAACCUGCCUAAGGGGGAAGGAGGCCAUGAGGAGGGGAAGAUCCGUAAGGCGUACUUCCGGCUGGCCCAGAAGUACCAUCCUGACAAGAACCCUGAGGGCAGGGCCCCAGAGUUGUUUAAGGAAAUGUUUGAGAAAGUAAACAAGGCGUACGAGUUCCUGUGCAGCAAGUCUUCCCAGCGUCCCGAGGGGCCGGACCCGAUGAACAUCGUCCUCAUCCUCCAAUCACAGAGCAUCCUCUUCAAGAGAUACAGGGAUGUUUUGGCACCAUACAAGUACGCUGGCUACCCCAUGCUCAUCAAAACCAUCCGGAUGGAAACCGGUGACGACCAGCUCUUCUCCAAGUCUGCGCCUCUUCUCACGGCCGCGAGCGAACUCGCCUUCCACACGGUCAACUGUUCUGCGCUGAACGCGGAGGAGCUGCGGAGAGAGAACGGUAUCGAGGUCUUGCAGGAGGCGUUCUCGCGGUGUAUCAGUGUGCUGAGCAAGUCCAGUAAACCUGACGAUCUGGCUGUGCAGGUGUGCAUGCACAUCAGCAGGUGCUAUGCUGUAGCUGCACAGUUUGAGGGUUGCAGAGAGAAGAUCAUUGAGAUCCCAGCCAUUAUUAAGGACCUGUGCAGAAUCCUGUACUAUAAGGACCUGCCCAGGAUGUGCAGUGUAGCUACAGAAUGUGUGUCUGCCUUCUGUGUGGAUUACUACCUACAGAACCACCUGCUCCAGGCAGGGGUGCUGUGGCACCUCCUACUCUACCUCUUCCACUAUGACUACACACUGGAGGAGGGAGGGGUGGAGAAGUCAGAUGAAUCCAACCAACAGUCGGAGUUUGACCACCCAAAUAACUUGCAAGAGGUGGCCAACAACCUGGCCCGGCUGAGUAUGCAGGCGCUGGCCCGGUUAGGGGGCUACCUGGACGGGGACCAGAAAACACCAGACAACCCCGCCGUGAAGAGGUCCAUAGCAGCCAUGUUAACUCCUUAUCUCAGCAGGCAGCUCAACAAGGACGACCCUCGGGAGGUGCUGAAGAUCCUAAACAGCAACACAGAGAACCCGUACCUGAUCUGGGACAACGGGACCAGGAUGGAGCUCACAGAGUUCCUCCAGACCCAGCAGUCGGAGAAGAUCCGUACCGGGGAGUGCGAUCCUUCGUACGGCGCAGACUUCUGCUUCACCAUACAUGAGAAGGAACUGCAGGUGGGAGAGAUCUACGUCAGGGUGUACAACGAACAACCCACAUUCCCACUGGAGGAUGCUAAAGGCUUCACAAGGAAGUUGAUUGACUUCUUAGGUUCCCAAGCAGAGUACCUGCAUUCCCUGCUGGCACUGUCCCAGGGUACGAUGGACACCACGAAGGAGAGUAACAAGCAGCGGCUGCGGGAUGUGGAGAUGGCGCUGGAGGCCCUCAGGAACGUGAUCAGGAACAACCCAGGCACUGAAGUUGUGUGCCUGGGGCACUUCCGACUACUGUUUGCCCUGCUGCGUCUCCAUGGCGCAGGGAAGCUGCAGCAGCUGGCGCUGGAGGUCGUGAACUCUGUAACAACCAAUCAGGACUGUGUUAACGACAUCGCCGACGCCUCAGUGUUGCCAUACCUGCUCCUGGUCAUCCAAUCCUUGCCUACCAGCAGAAGUACAGUACUGGAGAGUCUACACGCUCUGUUGUCUAGCACCAAGAUUGUGAAGGAGGCCUUAGCAAGGGGAGCGCUGAUCUACCUUCUGGAUCUCUUCUGUAACUCCACCAACCCCGGGAUCCGGGGGCAGACAGCCGAGCUCUUCUCCAAGAUGAUCGCAGACAAACUGGUGGGACCCAAAAUCCGCAUCAUCCUCAGCAAGUUUUUACCAGGCAUCUUCAUGGACGCCAUGAGGGACAGCCCUGAGGCAGCUGUGCACAUGUUUGAAGGAACACAUGAGAAUCCAGAACUGAUCUGGAAUGACGAUGCCAGGGAAAAGGUGUCCAGCGUGGUCAAAAAGAUGAAAGAUACACACUAUGCAGCCCAAAAGGAGAACAUAGACGCUGGCUGGAAGCUCCCAGAAGACUUUGCUGUGGUGUACACAGACGUGGAGGGAGAGCUGACUGUGGGAGGGGUGUUCCUCAGACUCUUCAUCUCCCAGCCUGGCUGGGUCCUGCGUAAACCUAAGGAGUUCCAGGUCUCACUCACCGAGAGGUGGAUCGAACUCACCAGUAAAAACAACCCCGAUGGCGAGGUGCUGGAGACCCUGACCACAGCGGUGGUGUCCCUGUUCACGGCACAGCCCCAGCUGGCCGACAACGCCCCUGGCCUGGGCCACAUCCCGCAGGUCUUCAAACCCAUGUCCUCUCGCAACUCUGCCAUCCCCAAGUCUGCACUCCUGGUCGCACAUGUGCUGGCAAACAAUGAUCUGUGUGUGACGUCCAUGUCACAAACGGACUGUAUCCGGCCAAUGAUGGUGGCCAUGCGGGCACGACCGGACAUGAUCGGUAUCGCCUGCGAGACUUUCUUCAGGAUGUUCGAAAAGGACCAGACAGACCUGGUUAAGCAGGCCAUAGAGGCAGAUUUGGUGCAGUACCUACUAAGGUUGCUAGAUGGCGGGCUUGAACAGGUAGAGAACCCAGCAGGCACCAAGGCCCAGAUAGUCAAGUCUCUGAAGGCUAUGACGAGAAGUUUGGAGUAUGGGGAACAGGUGCAAAGUGUCCUUGACAAGUCCACAGUCUGGACGUCUUACAGAGACCAGAAACACGACCUGUUUAUCUCACAGACAGCCACGGCGGGAUACCUCACAGGUGGUGAGAAAGAACAAGUCACAUCCUCUAAAGCGGGCCCGAGUGUCGCUGGUUACCUGACGGCUGGGACCAGCGCCGCCAUGCCGGACAAACCACCCCCCAUGGUGCGGGAUGAGGAUCUCCAGGGCGAGUAACCAUGGCAACAGCCUAGUAACCAUGGCAACAUGCUUUGUUACCAUGGCAGCAUGCUCUGUUACCAGGGCAAUGUAGCUACGACUAUGACAACGUACAAGUAGCAAAUGCACUAUAAUGGCAACAUAGACCAUUAACCAUGGCAAAGUACCUGUAACCAUGGUUAUGUUCCAGUAACCAUGGUGAUGUACUGGUAACCUGGCAACAUAGAAGUAACCAUGGCAACCCCCCUGUGUAAUGACUGCAGGCAGACAUGUACAUUUUGAGGCUUCCCUGUGGAGGACUCAAAGAAAUAUUAGAUUUUUCUGGCUAGUUUACUUUGAAAAUGAUCUUCUUAUAAAGUUGUCGUUUCACAUUUAGACACAUUAAUUUUAUCUUUGUUAGGGCUUCAGUGAUAACAUGUACAGUGAUUGAAGUUCAGAAGUGCAGAUGAUAUCUAAAAAGGCAUAUACUGCUUAAACAUUUAUAGGCUUCAUGAUCAAUGUAUAGCAGCUUUGUUUUACAAUGGAAAAUAGUUUCAGCUUUUGGCUUUGGUUAAAGCAUAGAGAAUUGAAUAAUUAAAGAAAUGCAUUUAACAUUGAUCCAUUGCAUGAUUAUAGAUGCAUGUAUGAUUGACUGUAAGCAGUGCUCUGUGCCAUGUACCGUUGGACUGUGUCAAUAAGCAGCAAUAAGCAAUCAAUGGCUGCUACCAGAGCCUUAAAACAUGUGAGCUACAAUGUUUAUCUUAUGUUUCAGUAGCAGAAUUGCAUUGAAUUAGACUGAUGCAAAAAAAUGGCCAGUGGAAAUACUCAAAUUAGUUUGGAUGGCUAUGGUUAUAAUGCUAUGACAGUCAUAAGACAUUUUCCAGUUUCUUAACACUUGUUGUUAGAUUGUAGGCCUAUUAGACGAUAGCUUUUUUUGCUAUACCACGUCACAGAUAUUGGACCAUGCAGGUAAAAACAAGCUUUAGUCUUGCUGGAAAGUCUUGCAAGAUAAACUUAACUUUUGCACAUUAAAUUCACUCGUUACUUUAUAUUAAGAACUCUCCUCAACCAGUAAAAGUACUGGAUAGAAAAGAGAAAAUGGCAAAGAAUUUUGUCGAAAAAAAUGUUUCAGGAUAAAAAAUUUUAGAUACCUUGAAUAUUUGACAGACUUUUAGAGUACAUUGCCGCUUUCUUUGCCAGGUUCCUGCAAUACCUGUAGUGCAAUGGCUGUUCUAAUGGAACUUUUGGGAACAGGGAAGUAAGAAGUUUACACCCAAAACUGUACAUCUGUCUCCAGCAAUAUUCAUAUCAUUCAAGCUGUAGGAAUACUGCUAUUUGAAUUUUUUUCCAAUAAAAUCCCAGAGUAGAUCAAAAACGUAUUGAAACACAUGGAGACAUAUAGAGUGCACUGCAUAAAGAUAGUCAAAGAAAUUUUGAUAAUGUUUUAUUUCAUAGUUCUCAGAUUCUAUCAGUGAGAGCAGUUGACAUUUUGUACAAGGGUUUUGCCAUUUUGGUAGCUUUGAUUGCUUGAUAUUUAGUUACUGACUAGAAGAAGGAAGAGCUAGGUGAACUAUAUAUAGCGUUAUGCUAGUUCACCUUUUUCCAUGCUGUGUAACCUAAAAGCAGGGUAUUUAGGGAUAUCACAUUGACUGACACAAGUUUCAAAGUACAAUAUUUUGAAAAUGUUCCAAUUUGAAAGCUUUGUACGUCGACUUGAUAUUUGUAAAUACCCAGCUUUUAAAAACAACAGAAUGAUAGUUUACCGUGCAGAUAAAGAUGAACUAGCAUAAUUGCAAAUUUAUUAGAAUUGAACAAAAGUACAGCAAAAUUUUAAGGAGUCUAGAGCUCAGUGUUACCCACUCUAUUGUGGAAUAUCAGUUACUCUUACUGUGCCUCGUGACAAUAUUGCAACAUGUUCAUUGUCAAGCUUAGAAAUAUCAACUACUAAAUUGAUUUGUGAAGCAAGCAUUUAACAUUGACUGAAAAACUGAAAGAGAGUACACGUGUAAGUCAUACAUUUCUGUUGUUGGAAAUGCAUAGCUAUAGAGUUAAACAACAUAAAGUUGAGUCAGCGUUUUUUUCUUCAUUUCAAAGAAAUGUCAUGAUUGUAGUAGUCAUUUUUUGUGAAAGAUGAGAAUAGAAAUUUGUAUAUUGUAUAUUAAAAGAAGGUAUCAAUGAAAUUGCUUAUAAGAUGUGUUAUUCUGAUUGAAUUCCAUGUUAUGAUUUGCCAAAAUUAAAACCAGAUGUACAAGUUGUAUUGAAUGUCACAAUUGUCUUGAUUAUAAUUGCAGAAAAUUAAUGUUACUCAAUUGUGUGAAUUUCCUCUAUACAACAUGAUACAUGUAAUAUAUUAAAGGCAAUUACAAUUCUUACUUUUGUUGUUGGCUACUUAACGCAUUGAAUGGUAUAUGGAAUGAAACUCUUAGACAUUUAUAAGUGUCGGUUUUGGUCUUGACAUAUACACUGUUUUGUCAGCAUAUGCAUGACAUUGUGCUUAUUAAACACUUUUGGUCAAGAAAAUCAAACAAUGGAUAGUGAGUGAGUGAAAUCGUUUCAAGCUAGACCACAUAGUUUCAAUAUGAUUCAAGUGUGAUGGAAAACAGUAUUGAGUUGAACAAAAUCACAGAUGGACAAUGAAAAAUUACCAGGUCCACAUAUUAUUUUGUCAAGCCAAAUUGAAGUCUUUUAAAGUAAGAACAUGUAUGUUUCAACAACCAGUUCUCAUGCAAGUUAAGCUUGAUUUUUUUUCUUCAUUUACAUGACAUAAUGUUUAUUACAAGGAAUUUAAAACAAUUUGUUUUAGAGAAGUUUUCAUAAGGCAAAAUCUUAGGAUUUCUUUUGGCGAAAGGAUCGUUAUAAACACUAGUUUGCACAACUUAGAAAGAUAGGUAGCACUUAGAAGUUGUGCCACAUGGAAAAUCAUAAAAAAAAUUGUAUGAAUUUCUCGCAUUUAGGAGAAAAAGCAAUGAAAAUGGUUUACCAACAUGGUAUACAUAUAUAGAAGCUUGUUGUUUUCUUGUCUUGCGUAUGCCAUAUCUGUCUUAUGACUUCAUGUGGAAAUAAUUUUGAAGAAAUUUGAUACCUUAAUAUCAGAUGCUGAUUAGUCAACAUGUGACUAGUUAUAUGUCAUUCCUUGUGAAAGAUAAAAUGCAAGAUUGUCAUGAUCUUUUCUUUUAUUGAUAAUUCAUUGAUUGUAUCUGAUUAUUCACAGGUCAAUUCAGCAAAAGAUUACUAACUAGAAGUGACUGGAUAGAAAAAGCUGUAGCAUGCAAGCCGCUUAAUGUCUGCAAAAGUAGUUCACGAUAGAUGCAUAAACAAGAUGUACACAUAACAUUGCAAUGUUCUGUCUGCAGAUACUGUACAAAUGUGAUAUUUCAGCUUCUAUGGAUGUCAAGAUACAAGAAUAUGAUAGUUGUUCUGCAUUCCUAAUGGUUGGAAAGGCAGAUUUUGUACAAUGCACAAAGUUAUCAAAAUAUGUUACAUAAAAAAAUGGGGCAAACCAAAAAUGAUCAUGAGUGUGUGAUGGAUGGAAACAGGAAAAACUUAACCUGGAGAAACUGUCAAUAAAUCAAAAAUUACCCUAAAAAUAGUUUGCACCACAACUUACCUGGCAAUCCUUUCUGGUCUGUUCCUAUGCUAAAAAAUGAUUAUUGUAAUUAGUCACAAUCUGUAUUGAAGUUUGUUAUAUAUUACAUUGUUUUUGCCUUACGUUGUACGGAAAUCUGUGCAGCAAAAUUCUUUAAUGUAAGGACUUUGGUCAUACAAGAAAGUGUAAGAGAUGGGUAAUGAUUUGAUGAAGAUGAUUCCAUGUGAGCUAUUUGUAGGAUUGUACAAAAAUGAGGAAAUAAAAUGUACAUUUGCAAGUCGGAAAUUGCUAGC